CCUGCUAUGUGGCUGCUAACAACGCUAACACGGUUUGUCAAGCAGCAGAUGUUUMAUAACAGUGGAAAUGGAUUAAGCGAGAAGCGAGUGGUCUUUUUCUCAUGGCUGGGCAGUGGAAAUUUAACUUAUCUGACGGUUUUACUCCUUAUUUUUGGCGACAAAAGAACAGAGAUAUAGGAGUGAAGGUGAGCAGUGUCUGCCAUGAUGGAGGCGGUAUUCCACCUCACCACAGCUGUCCAGCUGUUCUGGUUGUUCCUGACUCUGUUCACACGGUGGACUGUCGUGUGCUCAGCAGAUUCAAAGCAGACAAGAUGGCCUUUAUAUUCCCAGAAGCCAGUUCUUCUUGUGUGGAACGCUCCAACACAGGAAUGUGGGACACGACAUGGUGUUACUUUCUCUUUAAAACAGUUUGACAUUGUGGCCACCCCCAAUGAGGGCUUUGUCCGCCAGAAUCUCACAAUGUUCUAUAAGGAACGCCUUGGAUUGUAUCCCUAUUAUGAGCCUGGAGGCACUGCAGUGAAUGGAGGCCUUCCACAGCUUGCCAGUCUCACGCAGCAUUAUGAAAAGAUGCCUGCAGGAUUAGACAAGUACAUACCAAACCCUAAGGCAAAAGGUUUGUCUGUUAUUGACUGGGAGGACUGGCGUCCAUUGUGGAUCCGAAACUGGGACUCCAAAGAUAUAUACAGAAGUAAAUCGCGUGAACUGGUAGCCAAAAAGAACCCUAAAUGGACCCCAGAUCAAGUGAUGAAAGUCGCACAACAGGAAUUUGAGCUGUCGGCUCGCAAGUUCAUGCAGGAGACCCUGAAACUUGCCAAGAAUCUGAGACCAAAUCAGCUGUGGGGCUUCUACCUGUUUCCAGAUUGUUACAACCAUGACUACAAAGCUGGGCUGAAAAACUACACAGGCCGCUGUCCUCCUGUGGAGGUGAACCGCAACAAUCAGCUGGACUGGUUGUGGAUGGAGUGCACAGCAUUCUUCCCGUCAAUAUACAUGGGUUCCGUUCUGAAAUCUACAGAUUACGGCCGCCUGUUUGUUCGGAACAGGUUGCAGGAGGCGAUGCGCCUCGCGUCUGUUGGCGGUGGAUUAGCGCGUCCUGUUUUUGUUUAUACUCGACCAACUUACAACAGUGAGAUGACCCUUUUGACUGAGACAGAUUUGGUGUACACCAUUGGUGAGAGUGUUGCACUUGGAGCUGCAGGUGUAAUCUUAUGGGGAGACACUUCCUACGCGAGCAAUACCAGCUGCACCACCCUGAAUAAGUAUCUUAUGGGACCUUUGGGGCGCUACCUCCUCAACGUGACCAAGGCAGCGGAGCAGUGCAGCCAGGUGCUGUGUAAAUUCCACGGCCGCUGUCAGCGCAAAGUAGUGGACAGCGAUGUGUAUCUUCACCUCAGUGCGUCGACACACAGGAUUACGAGUCAGAACGGCCAGUUCMAGGUGACAGGAAAGCCUGGCCAAGCCGAGCUGCUUGUUUUCCGUAAACAUUUCAAGUGCCAGUGCUACACUGGGUAUAAAGGUGACGGCUGUGAGCAGAAAGAAAAAGGGCAGAAUAGAGCCCCUUCUGUUUUGGGAACGUGGCCUCUCUGCCUUUUACUCCCACUUGGACUUCUGCUUGUGCUUCACUAAGAAUACCAAAAAAAUGCAAAGCUUUUUUCUUCUGCUUCUGCCAGCACUGAAAGGAAAAGUUCAGACUUUUGGGCUUAAAUGUAGGAAGUAACUUUGCAAUGAAAUUAGUGUUGCUUUGGCAGCAUCAGGUUUAAAGAUCUGGAUUUAAAGAGUCUGUGUAACAGACAGUUUUCUGUCAGCACACAAGUAUUGACCAAUCACUAUUUUAUACAACAAACUGCACGUUGGGUUUACUGGAAAGUUAUACUGGAAAUAAUAUCUCCUCAUAUCUAUUGAUGGGUUUUUUUGUAUUUAUUUCCUUAUGGUAAACACAAAAAUAGCACAACAGAAACCUUAAAAACUGGAAAGAUAUUUAUGUCCUUGUUGGUGCAUCACACCAAAUAGUAGUUUUUAGGUUUCUUGCUCACAACAGUGGCCUAAAGCAGCGUUAGUGUUUUUGUGGAUGGAUCAACCUUUAAAGGGUGCCAGAGCAUUACAAAUUUAAACAAUGCAUCAUGCCAUAAGAUUAUUAUUAAUCAUGCAGCCUUAAAUCUCUUAUCUUUUGCUUGUGAAAAUAAGAGUGGACCUUUCUGUAUUUAAUUCAGGUWUGUGCCUUAGUGGGGCUACAAAGGGCUCUUUUUUCUACAGUUUUUACAGGCUUUUUUCAGUACUAUAUAGCUCAGUUUAUUACAAUAACCUCACAUUAAUACCUAACAUUUUUUUGUAUUAUAUGAACUGUACAUAAAGUAAAUUACAGCUGGAUAAAAAAAAGGUAAAUGUUUACUUUCAUACUAAUAUUCUCUAAUUUUACUGUGAAAAAAAAUAGUAAUUUCAAAAGUUUCCGUUAUUGAUGUUCAGGUAAUAUCACAUCAGURUUUUAUAUUUAAUCUCUGUGAAUUUUAAUUUCAUGUGUCCAAUAGUGUUCAAAAAUAUUUCAUGUUCAAAUUUUGUUUUAGUCUUGAAAUACCAAAGGUCCAUUUAUCAGUAAUGCAUUUUUUUCUCAUUUUGUACUAUUUGCUUUUUUAAAUUACUAGCAAUAGCAUUUUGAAAAUAUAAGUGUUUAAAUUAAAAGUAUUAGUAGUUGACUGAAAACUCAAAGGAUAAAAACCUGUUUUAUUUUGACAGGGUUUCUGGUGAUGACACUGCUGAUUACAAUUAUUAAGGUACAUUUCAGAAUUCAUUUUACUACCUGAGCAGUUUAAUUUCUAAAGAGCAUCUAGUAAAUGAGGGCCUUAGUAGGAAUUUUGAUAAGUGAUAUAUUUUGAGAAAUUGUUUUAGUUGUAUAAUAUUCAUCUUGUUCAUUUUCCUGCACUUUAAAUACUUUUCUCUUGAAGUGGAUUGUGCAUUAUUACAUGUUGCUGUUUUGGAAAGGUGAACCUCUUCCCAUAAUACCAAAACUUGUAAAAGAUGACACACACAGUGUAGUGUGUUAUGUUUGCAAUAUAUUCCACUGUGAAUCUUGUCAAAAAAGAAAUUAGUAUAAUUGCUGUACUCUUCUUUCAGUUCUUAUCAGGUGAUAGACAUACUUUGUCUUAAUGCAUACUGUAGRCAACAAAUUUUCCUACUUCUCUGUUUUAGAAGCAGCUUUAAGUUGUUUUGUGUUGCCAAAAUGUAUUGUUCUUGUUCCAAACUAUCUGCCAAAAUGUGUUUGUAUCUUUAUUGUUUCAUAUUUACAAUGUACGUUAGAGACUGUUAUUAAUAAAUGAGUUUUUUAUAUAA